GCUGUUCUGCCGCUCCGUCUCCUCAUCCACUCAGUGACGCUGUCAUCAUGGAGGAAGAACAGUUACCUGCUACGGAGUGAAGACGACAACCACACAACCGCGAGGCCACCACCGGCGGCAAUCUAUUGCGUCUUUUAAGGCUCCUCUCAUUUCUUAUUUCAUGAAUACAUCGGCCAUUGGCCGUGUUUCAUUUCUAAAGAAACGAUAAGGAACUCGACACAACCAUAAAAAUGAAGCAUUUUUUGAGGGUGGUGACACAGUUCUUUGUGUUCCUGUACUGUAAAUGUCUGUGGCGAGGCCUGAAGUUUGUGAUCAGGAAGGUCACGGGGAGGUGCGAACUGCAACGGAUCUGCCACAGCAACAAGCCAGGGGCCCGAAGGACCCUUAAGAUCGAGUCUUCCCUCAGGUACUCAAAGCAUGAGCUGUGCCAAUCUGCCCUCAGUGCUCACCCAGACCGAGUGGAGAAGACCAUUGAUGACAUCAUGACCCUAAAGAAGGUCAACCCUGACACUAACCCACAGCUAGGCAUCUCCCUCCAGGCCAGUCUGUUCCAGAUCGUCGGCUACCGUAGCCUGGUGGCGGAGGUGGAGAAGCUACGCAGGGAGCCGUACGACUGUGAGAACCCCGACCAUGAGGAGAUGCUGAUGAAGCUGUGGAAGACACUGCGUCCUGAUUCACCACUCACUGGGCGGAUCUCCAAGCAGUGGUGUGAGAUCGGUUUCCAAGGCAAUGACCCCAAGACUGACUUCAGGGGCAUGGGUCUACUGGGCCUACACAAUCUUCUAUAUUUUGCUGAGCAUGACAAGGCCACCGCUCUCCAGGUGCUUCAUGACUCCUUGCAGCCGAAACACAGGAGCAUUCCCAAAGAGGCAAGCAAAAUGAGCAAAGCAGAAUGGGAACAGAAGAACUUUGAUAAAGCAAUUGGAUACUCCUUUGCCAUCGUGGGCAUCAACAUCACGGAUCUGGCCUACUCUCUGCUGGUGAGCGGAGCCCUGAAGACCCACCUGUACAACGUAGCCCCGGAGAUGCCCAGCCUCAGCCACUUCCAGCAGACCUUCUGUUACCUAAUGCAGGAGUUCCAUCGGUUCUGGAUCGAGGAGGACCCCUGUGACAUCAUGGAGUUCAACCGUGUGCGUUCCAAGUUCCACCGGCGGGUGCUGCGGCAGCUCAAGAACCCCGACAUGGCGCUGUGCCCCCACUUCGCUGCCUCCGAUCUCCACCUGGUCAACCUGUAAAUACACUCCCCCUGACUUCUAACCCCUGAUCCUAUACCUCUAACUUCCUCAACCCCCCCCCCCUCCGUCCUCCCAGCUACAUCGCGUCACUGCCAACCGCUCACCCCGCCAGCGCUCACACACAUGCUCACACACACCCUCCCCUCCACGCCCUGCCUCUAACCCCCACAGCGACUUCAGAACCACCAGCACCACUAGAUGACCAUGGCGAUUGUAGGGGUGCAUGAUGAGGCUGCACCACAUAGUCAUUCACUGACUCAUUGUUAUUCCUUGCUUUAAUGAUUUGUGAUUGUACAACAGCCAUCCAUUGCUGGUUAUGUAUUGCUAUUAUUAUGCAUUUUUAAAGAAAUAGUUUACCCAAAUUACAAAAUGAAUAUGCACUUUGGGUGAACUAUCCCUUCAAUUGAAUCAUCAUGGAACAAGUGCUUUGCUUUCUCCAGUCCGUUAGCCCCUUGAAUACAUCUCAUUGUGAUGAAUGUUCGGCUGUGACACCAAAAAUAUUUGAGUCCAUUUAAGGAGACAGUGCUUCCUCUUUACCAUUAGACAGGGCAAUAACAGUAGGCCUAAGCUGGGCUGUCAGACUGUCUGAAGUCACAAACUGAAAAGGCUUCAUAAGCUUCCUAUGCUUAUGUAGGGAAUUGUACAAGAGCUAUGUACUUAUUCUAUAUUUGGCUCUGUAGUGUAGUGUAGUGUACUGUACUGUAUAAGGAAGUCAGAGUUACCAUCUAGUCCUAUGUUGUCUGCCUUAUUUAAGAUGGGAAGCAGCAAGGCUUUGUGUUGCAAUGUGCAGACAGAACAUUCUAUCGGUUGAGGAGGGGUAUAUGAAGGAAAUGAAAGUAGGCUACUAAAAGAAGAUUGCUUAAUGAUACAUGAGCUGGAAAAAAAAGGGCCUAUGCACUAUAUAGGACUGGAUUCAUUUACAGUCAAAACCAAUCAAGAGAGAUAGCAGACAUUCAUUCAUCCAAUUAAAUCACUCGCAGCCAUCAUCUCAGCAAGGCCGUUUCUUUUCUAAAUCAUUUGUCCAAUAUUUAUCAAUUGUAUUUCAUUUCACAUUUGAGGUCAAAUGCAUGAUCAGAACACUUCACAAGAGCAUAAUUCUCAUUGCCAAACUGUAGACUAAUGUGGACAAUUCACAUGAAUCAGAAUAGCAGUUUGAAGAAAUGGUCAUUUAUUUUAUGAAUGUUAUUCAGCUAUGUCCAUGAUUGUUUGAUUUGUAAAUCUUUAUUCAACUAUGUCCACGAUUGUUUUAUUUGUAAAUAUUUUUUAGAUAUAUUGAAUGUGACACAUUAAAUGUUCACUGAAUUAGUAAAUCAAUUAUUUACAUUCUCCCCAUGAGACGUACAUAUGACUUUGGGUGUUUUCAUACUUGGUCCCUUUCAGUGCGGCUUGCUUAUUUUUCCAAAGGAACUCAGACCCCUCAAAAGAGCUCCCGAAGUGAACAAAUCUCGAGGGGUGGUCUGAGUUCAGGUUCCCUUGAAUUUCGUGGUCCUAUUCCCUUUUUUAGGGCAAUGUGAGCACAAAGCUCCACAGGUUCACUUGUCAUUAUUCCCGUACGACACACUAGACUACUGCAACACCGUUUCUUCUGCCACAACCCCUCGCAUUGGUAUCACAAAAGAGAGAAGAUGAUGUGCUGGGACGUAUUCAUUCCACUCAUUCUGUUGCAAACGUUUCUUAAACGGAAGUAGACGGAAUGAAAAUGGAGAGGAACCUACCUGAAUUUGUCCAAUACAAAAAUGUGUUUUAGGUUGACUGUUUGGCUAAUGAUUACACCCCAGACUCACUGAAAAUACCUGUGCUGUUUUUGGAUCAAUAUUAGUGAUUGUCAAGGAUGCACAGAAAUUCCAAAAUAUGUGAGUUUUUAGUUCAGAUGAUUUGUUUGCAAUAUGUGAUCUAUAGACUAAGCGAGCGUCAUAAACUGUUUAUUCAAUUGUGCAGUAAGAAACUACAAUAUGUGAUCUAUAGACUAAAGCGAGCGUCAUAAACUGUUUAUUCAAUUGUGCAGUAAGAAACUACAAUAUGUAACUUUUUGGGCGACCUGAACAAAUGCACAUAGAAAUGUUAAAAAGUUCAAAAUGAAUUCCUGUUGAAAGCAAGUCUACGAAGCUGUAGAUUAGUGCUGUUUCUAUGCUAUCCAUUCUGAAGUUGAGUUUUUGCGUAGUUUUGUACACCAGCGAAUUCUGCAUAGUGCAUCUUUAAAUAGUGUGAAAAGACAACAUAUUUGGUGAAAAUCACAACACGGAGUGCAAAAUAAAUGAUAUCUCUGAAAGGGCCAGUAGCCUACAUUGGGUGUACAAUUUUCAAUUACAGCAUUAUUUAAUCUCCAGAUAUUUGUCUGCUAUUUAUUCUGUUACCAAUAGUAAUUACAUGUUAAUAGUAUCUUCUGAUUACAAUUACAUCUCAUCUUUUAACUAAAUGCAAUUUAUUAGCUACCAAAAUGUAAGUAGGUAUAUCUAGCUGUCCGAUAACACACGCUGAUGGAAUGUCCUGCACUUUGUAAAAACCCAGAGUGAAUUGAGUCAAUGUUGGAAAAAGAAUGGUUCCUUUCUAAACAUAGAAAUAUGAAUGAAAAGAGGACUUGAACCACAAAAUAGGUGAAGUGAACUGGCAAAAGAGUUGAGUUCUCAUUCAAAGGCAAAGGCAGCAUGAACACAAAGAAAAUUGGGUUAUUUAGCUAUUUUUUAUCUUCACUUUAAAAGAGGACUGAGAUUAGUUAUUUUAAAAAGGCCCAUGUGAAAACACCCUUCGUUGUUACUGUAGGCUAAAAUCUGGUUUGCAACAGUUCUGCCUGUGUUGUUUUACUCACUGUAUAGCAUAAUCAAUUAAAAGUAAAAGACAAUUUAAUGUAACCAAUGAUUUUGUAAGGAAGCGGGAUCACAACCGUUAUUCCCCAUAGAAUGAGCUGGGUCGAGUGACUGACUAAAGCUUAUACCAUUGCCUCCAAACUGAAUUGACAUUUUGCUGUGUUUUUUGUUGUUACAGUGACUAAUUUAUAUUACAGUGACUGGAAUAUUAUUCCAGGUGUGCAUGUUUUGUACUUUUCCAUUCUACUUCUUUUGAACGAGGUAAAGACCGCUAAUUUCUAAUGGUUAAUUAAAGGGACAUUUUACACAAUACAUGAACGUUUGUCAGAUUUUUUCAGACCUCAACUACGUUGUGAGAUGUAGUGAAAUCAGACUACUUUUGAGGUCUGAAAACAUCUGCCAAACUUUGAUCUGAAAGUGUAAUGCCCUUCUGAGAUUUGUAUGGUUCAGAUAGUUCACUGCAUGAUAUUAUCAGGACUUUCAGUGAACACCACAAACAUAAUUAUCAUAGGCCUUCUUUAAAAAAAAAAAAACGUGUCUUGUUGAAAUGCCAUGCUUGCACAGUUUCUUUAUUUGGAUUCGUAUUUAUGAACAGGUUUGUUUGUUACCUUUUAAGUGAAUGUCAAUGCUUGUGAUCCGUAGUUUUGCAGCAGUUUGCUUCACUGCAUGUCAACGUGUGGUUUGUCUCGUUGCCCCUUUGCUCUUUCUUUCAAUUGAUGGUCGUCAACAGUGCACUUUUGGAAAUAAAUACGAUUUCAUGUCACUCAAAUACACUAUAGUGCAACACUUAUUUAUUUGUGUUAUUUGAGUGUAUUUGGGCUUAAUGCUCAAUAAAGAUGUAGAUGUUGUUAGACACAAUCAGCUGUACAUACUGCUUGAAGAAAUGCUACUAAAGAGAUCAUCUUAAGCAAUAUGCAUGAUCAAACCCAUGAUGUCGCUGCUCCUCCGGCAUCUUGUGCUGCUUCUGUUUAAGCCUAGAUCAUGAGAAGAUACAUUCUAGACAAUUAGGAACUUAUUUGUGCUUAAAUUCUUUGUGCUGUGAAACAGUUACUUUUUGAGAUCACAAUAAAAUAUCAAUGUAAUUAAACGAU